AUGUCCCUAGUCCAAUACUCAGAUUCAGAAUCCGACUCAGAUACCCAAACAUCACCUCCUCCACCAGCCAAGCGCAUCCGCCCAAACACUCAGUGCCAGCGCCCCAAUAAUCCGGGCUCAUCACUCCCCCCGUUACCAACAACCUUCUACGACCUCUACGCCACAAGCACUCGCGUUAGCGUCCAAGAUGAUCCAAGCCUCCAUGGAGGUCGGAAACGGGUAAUCCCGCAUGUUGAGGGGAACUGGCCUACGCAUUUGUAUCUUGAGUGGUUCCCAAGCAAGAGUGAGCUGGGGGUAUUGGAGAAUCUCAUCCAGCAAUCUGAGAGUAAACUGGGAGAUAAGCGCAGGGUCAUACAUAGCCUUCUGCGGAGUGACCUGGGCGCACAGCUCCCGCUGCACAUAAGCUUAUCCAGGCCGGUUGUUCUGCGGACUGAACAGAGACAAUCUUUCAUUGAUACAUAUACGACUGCUGUUCGGGAUUCGAAUGUGUCACCAUUCGACAUCACGCCAGGAAACCUGCAUUGGGUAUCCAACUACGAGAAAACGCGCUGGUUCCUUGUUCUACAUGCGCAGAAACCCGCGAAUGAUGGAUUAAAUUGCCUACUAAAGCUCUCCAAUCGCUUACUUGCUUCUUUUGAUCAACCUCCUCUAUACGAGAAAGCAAUUCAGACUAAUUCUGGUGGAGGACGGCGUCAGCAGAACGGAGCGGAUGACCAUUCACACUGUUUUCAUAUCUCUAUCGCCUGGGCUCUGACAGAACCAUCUACAGUUGACAGAGAGCAAGUGGCAAGCAUCGACUUGAAGGGCCUGAAGGGCCUCAGGGUUCGUUUUGAUUGUGUCAAGGCGAAGAUUGGGAAUAAUAUAUCGAGCAUACCGCUGCCAAGUGGGAUUGUCGACCAGAAGGGCAUUGGUGGAUUAUGA